AUGGGUAGGCCAAGGAAACGUCCUCACGUCGACCUGAGCGAGGCAUCGCGAAAGGAGGCAAAGACUGAGGAUGUUUCUCCCAGUGAGACGUCGAUGGCCUUGACAUAUCCCGUCCAGAUGCCCUUUGACGGCACCCUGAACCUGGAUCUAGACAUGUGCUUCCUUGACGUCACCAACACAGACAUAAAUUUUGUUGACAUUUUCGACCCAAAUUUCCAGUUCGGAUCCUAUGGUUUCCCCUUCUCCUUGGACUAUGACAUCCCUCUGCCGGGACCGGCACCCGGGCAAAUAGAGGCGAUGCCCAAGGAAGACACAAGACAUGCCGACAACGCAUGGAUGGAUUCCUCGGCUGCCGUCAACGCACAAUGGCAACCGGCACUUGGAGGAUACCUCACUGGCAAUGUCAACUUCGACAGCUUUGACGUACAAGCGUCAACAUCGGCUUCCUCCUCCUCAAUACAACAGUAUUCCUCGCCGUUCCCGAAGCGAGAGCAGCCCGAGGGGAUAUACGCCUACCCAGACUACGCCUCCUACCAUCAUCCAGACACCUCACAGAAUGACCACGGCUCGCGCCCAGCAUCGCUAUCGGAGGUCUCCGAUUUAACUGUCCCCCAUCUGACACCCGGCGGCUCCUCCUCCACCAGUCCCUGCGACAGCACCAACACCAACGACCAUACCAGCAGCCAGCCCGCCGGUCACUGCGCCUGCGGCGACAACCUCCGCGAGGCCAUGGAGUCCCUCCGCUACGUGCCCACCGACGACAUCACCCAAGCACUCUACACCGUCCGGACCGUCACCAAGAUCGCGCACGAGACCAUCCUCUGCAGCAUGUGCGGCGACCCUCCCAGCACCCCGUUCUCCGCCGACAGCGAGACCGAAAGCCCCAACAACAACAACGCCGACGAAACUGAACCUCCCGUCUCCGCCAUCCAGAACAUGGUCCUCCUCGCCGCCAUCCUCCCCUCGCUCUCCUCCUCCUACACCCUCCUCCUCGACCUCGUCGAAAAGGAGACGCACUCCGCUACCGUCGCCGGCCGCAACAUCUUCUUGGAUCUCGAAGGCUACGGCGGGCUGUGGGGCCCCAUCGCAACCUCCUGGAAGCGAUGCGAGGACAUGGUCGCCCUCUUAGCCCAGCCUUUGCCGCCGCUAACUUGGCGCCUGAUGACCCGCGCCAUGCUCAAGCUGGAUGUGUACGGCCAGAGCGGAGCAGCGGGAACGGCGAGCCAGGGAACGGUUAUUAGCUUGGGCGGUAGGGACGGGAAAGGCAGUAGGAUCGAGGGGCCGUGUGACACGGUGAUGCAUAUCGGGCUGAAGGAUAUCUUUGCGAGGAUGGAGGAGAGGAGUCGCAGGAGACAGGAGAGGCUGGAGGCGUUGGUGGCGAGUGGGGAGUUGGAGUUGGAGCCGUUGGUCCCGUUGGGCGGGUUUGUUAUCGGAAGUGGAAGCGGAAGUGAGAGGUCGUUGUCGCCUACUUCGCCGACGAGGAUAUCGAUGACCACCGGCACCGCGUCGAAGGCGAAGGCGGACGCGAAGGGUGGAGCAAGGAAGUCGCAGGGUAUGAGGAUUAUCGAUUCUGCGAAGAGCGCCAUGGAUAAGUUGUUGAUUCCUUGA